GAUCGAGGUUGCAAAUCCAAGAAUCCCCGGCCGGAAUGUCGACGGAGACGGUGGCUGGAAGGAAGCGCAAAGGCGCCUCCCUGGCACCGCUCGCUCCCGGCAAGCGCCCGGCGCGGGCAAGCGGUGGCUGGGCGUCCCUGCCCACCGACAUAGUCUUCCUCGUCCUACGCCGGGUCCUAGCCGGCGGCGACAUUGUGGACUACAUCGCCUUCCGCGGCGUCUGCUUCUACUGGCGCGCCUGCACUCCCCCGCCGGGCGACCCCACUCUACGGGACCCGCGCCUCCGCCCGCGCGACUGGGUGGCGCUGUGCGACGGCGACGCGGUCCGCCCCGACGACGCCUGCGAGAUCCCCUUCUUCAACACGCGCACGGCUAGGCGCAUCCGCCUCCACCUGCCGGAGCUCCGGCGCUACAGGAUCGUCGGAUUCACCGACGGCCUCGUCAUCCUCCUGCACAAGAGCACCACCGCGGUCCGCGUGGUCCACCCCUUCACGCGCGCCGCCGUCGAUCUCCCGCCCCUCGUCCGCGUGUACCGCAAGGAGGUCGGGCAGUAUAAGUACCCCAUGCUCCAGAUGGUCGCCGUGGUAUGCGGCGGCGCCAACUCCAUCGCCGUCGCGGUCUGGUUCCCGUCGAAGACGGUGGUGCUCGCUGCGGAGCCAGAUGAUACAGACUGGAAGGUGAUCUAUCGAGGCACUUGUUUCAUGACCAUGUUACCGUUCCAAGGAAAGGUCUACGCCAUCUUGUGGGGCUCGAGGGCGAUCCUGCAGCUAUAUCCUCCAUCGCUCGAGGUCGAGGGCUCUCCGGUGGUGGUUGCUCAUAUUCCAGACGAUAUCAACCUCAACUUCAAGGUUUUCAUGGUGGAGUCUGGUGGACAAAUGUUGCUCGCUGUCUAUCCACCUGGCCACUCAGGCUUCAGGCUCUAUGAAGUGCACUUGCGCUUGCGCAACAGCACCGGCACCGGCGAGCUGAUUAGGGUGGACAGCCUAGGUGAUCGCGCGCUGUUCCUCGGCACGGAUCGAUGCCUCUCUGUUUCGACCAGGGGCCUCCCUUCUCUGAGGGGCAACUCCAUAUACUUCUCUUUAGUCGGCAGCCCUGUCGUGCUGCACCCGCUGGGGACUGAAUCGUCGGAGGACUUGGCAAAGCACUGCCAGAUACACAACAUGGUGGAUAGGAUCCGCCCCUCCGUGCGCCCCUUCACCAUUGUUGAUCAUCUUUUCACCUACUGCCAUCCUCGUCAGUGGGCUGAAGGACUCAUGUUCCACGAGUUCCACAAUAUACCUAAAUCUUUCAAGGAGCUGCGGGGCAGCAUCGAGGCAAAAAAUUCAAAACUGCGCAUUCCGCCCGUUAGGAGACAGCGAAGAAGUUGAAUUCAACGUGAUACAGCUAGUGCAAUUUAAGAGUGAGCCAACCUAGUUAUCUCUUCUGCGAACAACAAUGUGUAUAGGUUCUGGAAACAUAUGCUACAGGAGUGAGGAAGCGAGUCUGAACUCAACAAGGUUCUCGUAACAUGCAGAUGAAGAGGGGACACUAACCUGAAAACAACUUGCUAUACACUAGGAGGCAUUGGCGCGGCGGUACGCCACGCCCGUGGUAGCACUUUUUUGGGCAUACGUUGUUUGUGUAGUAGUUUUUAAGUGUAUGUUUGAUGAACUGCAGAGCAGUGGAUCGGAAGAGUAACACCGUAACAAUCGAGGAAUGUAGUAGGGCGAGGUGAUUGUUGUGCUUACUCAGUAGCCUGUAUUGUUAUCCUCCUCAUCCGAGGAGAGGAUGAUGACAGUCUCCUUGUAUGGCGCUAGAAGAGUAGGAGCAGGUCCAGCGAUGGCGCCGUUUCUGCUGUGUGCAUAGGGUGGAACAGAAAAGUUGAGAGCUAGGGUGCAAAAGUUCGACUGUAUAAAAAAAAGGAAGAAGUACAUCCAUUGCUCAUGGAAAUGGAUCAUAUAUUUCAGUUAAAUACAUGACAAUAAGGCAUGCUCAUUUUUGUUAGGAAACUCAUUAUGUGCUUCUCAGACUAUGUUAAUUAUAUUGAAAUAAGCAUUCUUAUUUUUCAGGCAAGGAAAACAAUAUAUUAAUUAGGAAACCUUAAAUAUAGCCAUUUGCGGGAAAAAUCCAUCCCAGAAACAAUGAAUUACUAUUCAUAUUUUUCACACAAGAGAAUGUACAUUUAUUAGAAAAUGUGUAGUAUAAUUUUGCAAAAUUUAUUAGGCAUCAGAAAAACGAUUAUUUUGGGUAUGUUAAUAGAAAUUCAAGAAUUAUUGGAAGUAAGUUUAUCAAUGGAUAUCUCUCUUUUUUGGAGUGGUUCGCCGCCGACCCCGUGCAACUACAGAUACAAUCAAAACAGUUAUAUCUUGAUUUGCAAAUUCUUACAAAGAAGACGAUUUUUUUAUAUAGAAGAGGGAUGGCCGGUUGUGCUGAUGUGUGCUGCUUAGACUGCAUAAUUGAUAAGAUAAGAUUGCUCUGUAUAGCUGCUGGACUAACAAUAGGUUUUUCUUUUUGAGGGAAGGCUAACAAUAGUUGAUAGCACUGAAAUAUAUAUACCGUGGUUUGGCUAGAUAUGCUAGGUCAGGAUUUUUUUUUGCGGGCAAGUAAUAUUGGGUCAUUCAUUCUAACCGUUCCGUUGGUCUUUCACUAUUUUGUAAUACUCUUUACCUAGUAGUUUUCUCUGAAACCGUGAGCGGCUGAAACGAUAAUAAUCAGAGCAGAAGAGAGGAAAGUGCAGGUGGUCACCACCAGCGACCAAAACAACCAGAGACCCAGAAGGAAAGGUAAGCCGUAGAGAGGAGGAAGAGGAGUUCUAGUUUGUUGACUCCUGGUGCGGCGGAGUCUUGCCGCAUGCCGAGAUCUGGCACUUGGGCGUCGUCCACCUAGAAUGAGCUCCUGGAUGCAGAGGAAUUGGUCAGCGGUGGCGGACAGAGAGCCAUGGAGGGUGGAUCGAGGGGAAGGAUGGGAGCAACCACUCAAGCUAGUGCGAGCCGAUCUCUCGGUGCCUGAAAACCAACUGCGGACGAAGAGAGGGGAGGGAUGCGAGAGUCCGGAGGCAAGUGCAGAUUGUGCUGACACCGACUUGUAUGUUACCCUUCCUUCUGUAGCUACUGUGAAGCAACAUAUGCUAGAAUCUGUAAUGGUAGAAAUUUUGUUUCUAUCCGUUCUUGUUAGGAGCUGAACCGUCCUGCCUAGAUCUGAACUAAAAUUGUGGCAUUAAGGAAACCAAGGAGCAAAACCUAGAGGAAUAGAACAAAUAUAACACUCUGAAGCAUACUUUAACUCAUAAUUUCAGUUUGGUCAUUCUAGUGAAGCUUUCCUUUGGUAGCUUGAUUGAUAAUGAAAAACCGAACGGUUGUAGGUAGUGAAACAGACAGAUCACUAUAAAGUGGUUUUCCUGUAACAAUAAGAAGCGGACAUAAAACGGGAAACAGACAGAGCAGCUCCUGAUAUUGCAGACAUAUACAGCAACAAACAGUACAAAGAACAAAACUGAAAUUGAAACGUACAUAAAACAGAGUAUUGACUACAUGGUUCUCCAACUAGAGUAAGUUCAUUAUGUCUGUGAGGGGUCCAUCUCUCUUAAAUAGUCUGAGCACUGAGAAUCCAUAACUAUGAUGACAGUCUCCUUGUAUGGCGCUAGAAGAGUGGGAGCAGGUCCGGCCAUGGCGCCGUUUCUGCUGUGUGCAUAGGGCGGAGCAGAAAAGUUGAGAGCUAGGGUGAGCCCUGCAUAGUUGUCAAAGGGAACCUAGGGUUCGGGCUCGGGCUCGUCACCGUGUACCAUGCUGCAAAAAUUCGACAGCCGUAGAAAAAAAGGUAGAAGUACAUCCAAUUUUGUUGUUGAUUAUUCAUUGCUAAUGGAAAUGGAUCAUAUAUUUCAGUUAAAUGCAUGACAAUAAGGCAGGGCUCAUUUUUGUUAUGAAACUCAUUAUGUGCUUCUCAGACUAUGUUGAUUAGAUUGAAAUAAGCAUUCUUAUUUUUUAGGCAAGGAAAAUGAUAUAUUAAUUAGAAAACCUUAAAUAAAACUAAUUGAGGAAAAAUUAUAUCCAUCGCAGAAACAAUGAAUUAGUAUUCAUAUUAUUCACACAAGAGAGGGUACUUUUAUUAGAAAAUGAAGAAUAUAAUUGUUUUGCAAAAUUUAGGAGGCUUCACAAAAACAAUUAUUUUGGGUUUGUUAACAGAUAUUCAAGAAUUACUGGAUGUAAGUUUACCAAUGGUUUUCUCUCUUUUUUAGAGUGGUUGGCUGCUGCGCCCGUGCAACUUCUGAUACAAUGAAAGCCGUUAUAACUUAAUUUGCAAAUUCUUAUGUGUGAUGUUAAGAAACGAAGAAGACGAUUUUUUUAUAUAGAAGAGGGAUGGCCGGUUGUGCUAAUAAGAUAAGAUUGCUCUGUAUAGCUGCUGGACUAACAGUAGGUUUUUUUAGGCUGCAUAAUUGAUAAGAUAAGAUUGCUCUGUAUAGCUGCUGGACUAACAAUAGGUUUUUUUUACGGAAGACUAACAAUGGUUGAUAGCACUGAAAUAUGUAUCGUGGUUUGGCUAGAUGUGCUAGGUCAGUUUUUUUUCUGAAGCCCGAAUGUGUUUUUCUCAGUACUAUCUCGGAGCUUUUUGAUUUUAUAUACACUUUUCCUAAAUAGCAGCUAGCUGUUUUACAAUUCGUCAACAGUCACUUUUUGGACCGUCCGAUGCGUGUCCAUGUGUCCAGAUCUUGGAGCUUGCUUUCGCUCUUCCUUUUCUCGUUCUGGGUUGGCUGGGCUUGACUCUUGAGUCAAAGUCCUUUCCCUCAGGUGUCCCUUUUUUCGAAUUUUCAUUUCCCUGUGGCGUGUCUGUCUCGGAAGAGAAGUGGAGCGCGAGAGAGAAGAGAGAGCAGCGUCGCAUGGCGAAGAUGCUGCUGGCGAGCCCACAGUCGCUGCGCUUGGGGGCGGAAGGAGCUCUGCUUUCCAGGCAUAGUCUACCCUCUUCGAAGGCAGAGUUGUGUCCGCAGCGUGGUCAGGCGGCUCUAGGGAGCGUUGGGGACCGCGAGCAUGUCCGAUGGUGGCGGAGAGAGCUGCUGUUCUCGAGCAUGGAAGACAUGGCCGCCGCCUGUGGCAGUACUGCCUCUCUCUCUUCUCAAGUAUUUUUGUGUUUCAGUUUUGUUGUAGAUCUACUUGAUUUUGCUACGCUGACCUAUACUGUGUUUAGUUUCGUUGCAAAUUCCUCUCUAACUUUCUUGUUUUGGGGCGCUGUUGCUGCUGAUGUCCUCUAGGGUGGUAAGGGGAUUAGAUCUAGGAUUGUACCAUGAGGCAGUUCGUUUUCCAUCUGCAGUUGAACCCUCAAACUGACAUUUAUCACUGCUAGCAAAGGAGCUCUGAUGUAGUUGGAGGGCUCUGAUUUUGACGGUGGGGUAGCUCGUAUUGGAGUUCUUCCCCAUUCAGUCCAGUGUUCCUCAGUCGAUGUUUGGGGUAUAUGUUCAGGUUUUCGUAUAAGGGGGUGCGCAAACUUUGUUGAUAUAUAUUAUGCUUUACUUGAUUUGAGGUCAGGUUGAUUGGGUAGCUCGAUUUGUGAGUUCGUCCUCAUUAGGUUCAGUAUUCCUUGUGCGAGUUUGAUCUCUCUGUUAGUUUAGGUUUAGUUUUGGGUGCAAGCUUUGUUGAUUUAUAUUGCUAAUGUAUCCAUCAGCCAUCAGAUUCAGGUGUUUGCAGCCUGCUGUUUGAUUACUUGUUUCAGUUAUGUGCCUCAGCGCACAUCUUUUUGUACAUGACCAAGCAAGAAGUCCAUGAAUGACCUGCCCUGCACUGGCUUAUACUGUGUUCAGUUUUGCUGUUUCGAGUGCAUGUGCUCUGUUAAAUGUGCUUCAUAAGAUUUUUGUAGGUUUGUGUUUCUCCAUGUGUUCUUUUUUGCAACAAAAAAGAUAUAUAUUAAUUCAUGACAAUACUACAAUCUUUUUGCUUACUAGAACUGAAAAUCCAGAACUGUGUGAUUCUUGACUCCUUCCAAUCUUUGCUAUGACAUGCCUGACUUCAUUUUGGCUUCUGUCUAUCUGUUUGAUUGUUAUCUCUCUUUCUCUAAAACCUUCUUUUAUAGUACGAGUGAUUGAUCUUGUGUUUAUCUUUCCCGUAUGCCAAGAUCAUGCUCAUCGCCAUGGCACAGUCCAUCUCCAGGUCGAUCACCUCCACCGACCUGUUAAGCGCCAACUUCAGUCUUUCAUCGCAGGCUUCCAUCUCUGCUUUUAACACCGACGCACAGUUCUGCUUCAGCCUACCUCGUGGUGGCCUCUCCCACUGUUUCAGGGAUAUUAGCCUCUGAUCCUUUCCAUCCUCUUCGCUAUUCGUCCUGAAUAUGACGAUACCUGCUUACCCUUAUAUGCGUCAGUACCUAGAUGUUGUUUAAUCAUCAGCAAGGUAUCAACAUAGCUACAUAGGAAUAGCUUUUUAAGCUUCAAGCGGUGGUACUGCUUUGUCAUGUGUCAGUUCAUUAUGCAUGCGCCAGCGUCUCCAUCGCACCAUCAAGACCAUCAUUCGUUGUGUCACAUUUAGUUUGGCUAGCAGAUGAAGCACCUACUUCUUCCUGAAUUCUCUAACAUUUCAUCAGAUGUUAAAUGCCAACUUUAUCUCAUGUUGUGCCAUAAAUCGUUCUGAAGUUUCUCCAUAAGUUUGUUCUCAUGGAUGUUUCCUAGUUGUGAUUUUUGAUAUCAGAUGUUUGCAUGCUGUUAUUUUGUGUUGAGUUAAUUUUGAUACUUUAGCAUGGGCUCUGAAUGUGUAUUAAAACGUAUUUUGUGUUUGCAGUGAUAUAAGCAUGAUGAGGUUUAGUUCUUAACUUUUUUUGUGUAGGUUCAUCUAUUUCAUGGAUGUUGUUCAUAGUCUUAGUGCCAGACUAUCUUUUGUGUGUUUAAAUCAAUGUUUGAUACUUAUGUUUUUGUAGCUGACAAACCCCUGCAAUAUUUUAUUGUUGGGUUUAGGGGUGGGUAACUCUGCCUGUCUAGCUGGUUCGAAGCCCGGAAAAAGGAGGAGGAUCUGUAUUUAGCUUUUCAUACGGACUCCGCCUGUCUCUCCUUUCUCAUUUGCUACAUGAAACUUGUCUUACAUUGUAUUUCGUCUUCUCAGUAUUAAUUGGACUUUUUUUUCUUAGUUUACCAUUCUCUCAAUGUUUGACUCAUUCUCUCAGUUUUUAAAAUUUUGUCAUAAAGAUAGAAAUUAAUUUUCUCAGUGUUUGACUCAUAUUUAUCUCAUUAUUCAGUCAUCUCAAUCUUUAGUCUCCAGUCAUCAUUUGUCAGUUUUCUUAUCCAUUUGCUAUCUUUGUUCAAUCUUUUUGCAUUUCUUCAGUCCUGAUAUUUCUUUUUCAUUUUUCAGUCAUCACCUUAGUUUUAAUUCCUUCUCUGUACCACUUAUCUCAGUCCUCUUUUCUUAUUCGCUCAAUCUUCAAUCUCAGUUAUAUUUGCGGAGUCCGUAUUAUCUGAGUCUUAUCAUUGCCAGACUCCCAAUUUAUUCUUCGGUUUCUUUUUUCUUCAGUUUGUGAUUUUCUUGUUCUCUAUUUCUUUAAGCUAUUUAUUUUCUCAUGUUUCUCUCAUUAUCAAUCAUUUUUUCCUGGUUUUCUCUUAUUAUGUUAGCCUUCAUAACUUUUAUUCAUCGUGUCUUCAUUUACUUAUUCUCUCAGUUCCUUUAUUCUCUUUCUUUAAGCCCUUCAUUCAUUUUUUAGGUUUCUCUCAUUCUCAAUCAUUAUCUUCCUAGUUGUUUCUUAUUCUCAAUUUUCGUAAUUGCUUACUUCUUCAGUUUAUCAAUUUUGAGUAUUGUUCUUCACUCUUUCUUUCCUCAUUUUUCAGUCUUCUUAUUCUUUUUGCAUCUUAUUGAUUUUUAGUGCAAGCUUGAGGAAAGGAGGAGGGCAUUUUUUUUAAUUAGUGUAAGCACAUGUAGAUUGAGAUGACCAAUUCCUACUUUUGUGUUGAUCUCCCCCGCACUGCCUUCAUUUAGUACCUACAAAAUAAGAAAAUGAAUCAUGAGUGUUAAUUUUGAAUAUAUGACACGAUUACUUUUAAAUUCUUCAUUUCUUUAGUUUGCUUUCCCUCUAUUUUGAUUUUCUUCUUAUCAGAUUUUAUUUCAUUUCUUCAGUAUUGGUAUUGCUCUUCGUUUUCCGGUCAGCACCUUAGUUUUCAUUCUUUCUCUGUAGUUAUCACUUAUGUAAGUCUUCGUUGUUGCUUGUAGGUGGACCUAAACUGGGAUAUGUCACUUGCAGCAAUCUCUGUUAUUUCAACCACAACAUAACACUCACAUUCUAGGGCCGUUAGGUAGAUGACAUUUUUCUUGCGCAGCUCUGGCCUUGAAGACAGGAUAUAGCCUCGGCAUCUUUUGCUUCACCACAGCUUGGCAAGGUGCUCGCAGUUACAAGGAUCAUUAAAUCUUGCUGGGAGUUUCUAACAACAUCACCAAAGCUAGCAAAACCAUUGUUAGAACCAAAGUUAGCAUUCAGUUUCAGAUUACCUUCGACAAGGCUAGUCCAUCGAUAAGGAUUCAUUUACGUUUCUCCGUUUGGAUUUUCUCCUUGUUAUUUUUAAUUGCUCAUUUAAUUUUCUCAGUUUAUAAUGUCGUUUUUCUCUGUCUUCUAUCUUUAGUCAUCAUAAGUAUGUCUUCAUCAGUCAUUAUUCUUAAAUGUAUCGGUCUUCAUUGUCUAUUCCUUUAUCAGUACUCCUUUUGGGAAGUGAUCAGUAUAUCCGUUUCUUUUUCGUCGGUCAAUUUUAGUGUAGUAUUCAGUUUCAAGUAGUCAUUUUUCUUCAUUCUUUAGUUGAUAAAUUUAGAUGCAAGGAGGAAUUGGAACACAUGCUCCCUUCUGUCUAUGCUCUGAUGGGAGGACAAUCUGCUGCGGUUGGGAUGCGUUUGCCAUGCGGCAUGAUCUGGUAGCUGGGAGCGUUGUGAUGAUGGUCUUCUACAUCAACAAUGCAAUGGUUUAAUUGAAUUUUUUCCCACAUGCUUUGAUGAGCUUUUGGAGAUUUCCCAAGCACAGUUUGAGUUGCUACUUUAUAUUGCUAUAAUCUGAAAUAAGCCAAGUUUA